AUGGAUGCUAAGGACCCAAUUGUUUGCCGUCCUCUUGAUAUUUGUUUUGAUGAAUUUUGUGCUGCGUCUUCGUUUGAAGGAAUUCUUUCGACAUUUUAUCGACUAUGUGAUGUUAUCGAUUUGAAGUGCCUUCCUGGAUGUCGUGAUUUCUUUAGAGAGCUUCGUCAAAGGUUGUCAAGUUACUGGAAGUCUGAAGCUCUUCUCUCAAAAUUGGACGCUCGUUUUAAUAAAAGUGCAUAUGGAAACCAGCCUAGUUGCCAGGAUAUUCGGGUUAUUGUCGUUGGUUGUGGUCCUUGUGGAUUACGCUCUGCUAUCGAACUGGCUCUUUUGGGAGCAAAUGUCGUCGUUGUUGAAAAACGUUCGACUUUUUCCAGAAACAAUGUUCUCCACCUCUGGCCCUAUCUUAUCAGUGAUUUAAAGUCACUGGGUGCAAAGACGUUUUUCGGGAAAUUCUGUGCUGGUUCCAUCGAUCAUAUCAGUAUUCGAGCGUUGCAAUGCAUCCUUUUGAAGGUGGCUCUUCUCUUUGGUGUUCAAAUCGUCCCCUGUGUCGUGUUUCAGAAGCUUAUAGAACCCUCUGAUGAUUCAGAUCGUUCGGAGAACUCAAACGGCUUAACCAGUAAAACACCACUGGCACUUGGGAGCCCCCCUCGUGAACUCUUCACCCUCUUUAAGGGUCCACGUCGAGCCCGGCUUGGAUGGAGAGCGAAAUUCUCCCCUCAUCACGAGGCUCUCUCCACAUUUGAAUUUGACGUCAUUGUCGACGCUGCCGGCAAAUCCAGCAGCUGCUUAAAUUUUCCACGGAAGGCGCUUCGCUGUCGAUUGGCCAUUGCGAUUACAGUCAAUUUUAUAAACUACGGCACCGUAGAGGAGGCUCAUAUUGAGGAGAUAUCGGGAGUCGCGAGCAUUUUCAAUCAAGCCUACUUCGCCCAAAUUUCUAGGAACCUAGGCCUCGAUUUGGAAAAUCUCGUCUACUACAAGGACGAAACGCACUAUUUCGUCAUGACGGUCAGGAAAAAGUCGCUCCUAUCUAAGGGUGUCUUAAUUCGGGACUUCGACGAUCCAGUGAAGCUGCUCAGAGCAGACAACAUAGACUCGCCGGCUUUAGAGCGACUUGCCCGCGACGUGGCCACUUUCGCCACUAAGGGCAAGCUAACGCGGCUGGACUUUGCCCCGAAUUCUCACGGGCAACCGGACAUCGCUGUGUUUGACUUCACAAGCUUGAGUGCUGCUGAGUACGCCUGUCGAGUUAUCGAUCGGAAAGGGCGACCACUGUGUCAAUGCCUCGUCGGUGACGCCCUGAUCGAGCCCUUUUGGCCGCGUGGGAGCGGUUGUGCGCUCGGAUUUUUCUCGGCCAUGGACGCAGCCUGGGCCGUGAGUCUGUUUGCUGCGGGGCAUCACGCUCUGCGCGUGAUUGCCUGGCGUGACUCCAUCUACCAGCGCCUAAGCCAGACCAGCCCUUCCAACAUGCCGCCUAACUUUUCCGCUUACACAUUCCAACCGACUACUCGAUACACCUGCGUCGAUCUUGAGCUCGUUCAGCCAAUGCAAGUUCGAAAUCUCUACGAUUCUGACAUUAUCGCCGACAUGUCUGAGCGAGAAUCCUUUGCUUUUCUUCGUGACUCCGUCAAAUUUUACAAUUCUGACCUUUGUCAAUUGUCUCCCCGAUCAGCCAUUAACAAAUCAAAAUUCUCCUACUUCCCCCACAUCACGAUACUCAGGUGGUACCAGACUUGUCUCUCUCCAUACCCCGUCUCCAUUUGUCCCCAUAUCGUGGAUUUUUCCGCCGAGACUUGGUCUGACGGUCGGGCACUAAGGUGCCUGGUGAACAAGUACCGUCCCGACCUCGUUUCGGAAGAGGCCCUGAAGGCAGAGGUGGUUGGCACAUGCGAGGGAGUUAUGCAUCUUCUGGCUGAACAUUUCGGUGCGCCUAAAGUGCUCGAUCUAUGGAGGUGGCCUGAAUACCUCUCAGCACUUUACAGUCGGCUAAAGGGUCACAAACCUGCGCCUCUUGCGACAAUGACAGUCCGAACACAGACGAGAAGCGGUCAUCGAAUGCGUCGGCGCUCUCUCCUCCCGUCGCCGUCUGUUUCAGGACAAGCAAUCAACCGGUGCAUCGACUCCUUGGCAUCGCCCCAAGUCUCCUCAAAUGCGCGUCGUGGGCUUUCUCCCCGAGCCGAGCGUCGUGCUCUCGAUAUCCAGAAGAUUCAUAAAGACCUGGAAAAUCCUGUCUCGCGGGUAAAACCGCCACGAGCUCGAGAAGACGCCUCACGUGCCGUCGAAAAAGGUCUCAUGUCGAGGCGGAGGUCAGAAUUCAUAGCCAUGCUGAAUGAUCCUGCCUCGGCAAAACGACGCAGCCUUAUGAUUGACUGGGAAAAGGCAUUUGAGGACGCUGGUUUGCCUCUUCCUCCCAGCCCUCCGAGGUCCUUUUUACAACUCCCUAUUCCAACCCUGUCUCGACAUGAUUCAAACAACAACGCUACCUCUGUGGAGAAAAUUCGCGACCUUUGUGUUGUCUGUAAGGGGCGUCUUGAUGCAAGUAGACGUCGUGUCUACGAUGGCUUACUUAUGCACCCGUGGUGCUUCCGUUGCGCCGAAUGCCAAACUCCCCUUCGCCCAGAAAUCGCCCACCGUCUACGCCGCAAAAGUGAUCCUAAAUUCUACUGUGAUGCUCACUUUCAUGCCCUGACGUCCACUAGGGUAGCCGAUCAAUCUACGAUGUCCGCCGAAAAUCCACCCCUUCCUAAUCCUCGAGGCCACAACAGCCCCAAUCGCCUUAACGGCCCACCCAACCAGCAACCACCGUCAGUGUCACUGGCGACUCGCUGGGAUAGCCACAACAGCGAUGGAACCCCAACAACUGCGGCCCACACAGAAGGACUUCAUCAGACGGUUCCACCACAUCGACAGGUCAGAGGCAUCCGAGACGAACCCGCGCCGCCUGUCCUCGUCACCUCACGUAAUGUUUCUGGCACUCUUGGAAUGCCAGAGUGCGUUCGAAGAGCCGCCUUCGACGAAAGACUGUACAGACUAAUUGGCCAUUCACCUCUUGAGAAAUCGCUCGAUUUGCUGAGUGAGAACACCUCCCAAAUCCUGGCGACAGAAGACAACUGUUUUGCGUCCAGCGAAUAUGAACCAUCAGAAUGUUCCACAUCCUCAUCGUCAUCAUCAAAAACCAGCGAUCCUCCACCCAUAAAUGUAGAGGAGGCCAGUCGCCUUUGUCGCUCUAUCCGCGCAGAGGCCCUCUAUCGGCGCAAUCACCCAUCUGAGGAUGAACAGAGCAGUAGUGAUGAGGAGGAGUCAGAUGGAUAUUCUGACUGCGAUCCCGCUGUGUCAGAUACUUUUGACACUCCCCAGCAAGUUUCUGACUACGAGAACGUUCGUUGGACACUGGCUAGACCGCCACUUUCGCCCACCACCGCCGCAGAAAACGCGUCUACAGCAGAGCCGUCAGCACUAGUGCUGAAGUAUGGUCUCUCUGGAUCCUUACUCCUGGCAAAGCAGCGCUUCUGUAUGGAGGCACCAGAACCGAUUCGGAUCGAUUCUCGCGCUUUCAGGGCAUCUAAGAACAAAGAACGCACCGAAGAGACAAGCUUACCUGACUGUUCGGAAAAGGUGGAAUUCAUUCUUGAUUUUUUUCCCAUAUGUGCCUCUCUGACAAAUAGCUGCUCAUUCUACGAAGUAGUGGAAUUCUAUACACCUAUAAACUGGGUUGUAGUGAGCCCGCAAAUCUGUUUACCUUCACACAAUUUCGGUGUGACUGUACAUCACAGCCCGGUAGAAAUGAUGUUCUCAUCGCUUUCCUUGGCUCCUCAUAAACCAGACUCCAGGAAUUCAUUGACGCCUAAGGAAGUUGAUUCAUCUGACAAUAUGAUUUCUACUAGAUCUGAGCUCGGAUCAGUUACUUCUCAUGACUCAGAGGAAACUCUAGACAGUACAUCAUUGGUCAACAGCAAGGCGAGUCUUGGAGUCGUUGAUCAAGAAAUAAUUGACGCUUCAACCGGACCAAGUAAGGUUAUUAUGAACACCUUGGAGGAAUCACUUGUCCCGUGUAAAUCCUCGAAUUUUGUGCGAGAGGGCGCGGUCAUGUGUGUAAAAACGGCUGACGCACUCGAAUCCUUGGUAUUGUGUGAUUUUGAUCACGAAGUGCAGUCAACUUCACACUCACCGGUGGAUAUUGACGCCAGUGCGGUUAGAUCUGAGUGCACAAUGACAACAAGCAGUUCAGAGGAGGAAGAGAGUGAUGAACUUGUGUUUUUGAGGCGACCCGUUGUCGUGCCUCCUGCUGAGCUCAGCACACAACUGAGGGAGAAUAUUGAAGAAGCUACGCGACAAACAAGAGUACCACUGUAUAUUCUCACCUCACAACUGGACUCUGAUGGAGACGAACAUCCG